CCGGGCUGCCGCGCGAUGACGCGUGCCCAGCGUGGGGACGAGAAGGACCAGCCUGACGGGCCAGCGACACCUCCCUGGGGCUGGGCUACGGGCCCGUCGUGGGGGGGCCUGCCAGCCCCACCCGGGCCGGGGAAGUCCGACCCUGCCCGGUCCCCACUCCCCGGAAUGCCGGCCCCACGCCCGCCCGCGGGAGCCCCCACUCCGCCCCUGCUCCUGCUCCCCAGCGCGCGGCAGCGCCAGCCCUGCGCCGCCCGCCCCUGCGCCCCCAUUCCCUGCGCCCCUAGCCCGCCGGAACCCCGACUCCGCCCCUGCUCCCCCCGCCCGCCGGAGCCCCGACUCCGCCCCUGCGUCCCCCGCCCGCGCGAGCGCCGACUCCGCCUGCUGUUCCCCGCCCGCCGCGGCUGACACGAGUCCGGGGCUGUCGUGCGCUUGGGCGCCAGGCUUGGGGAGCUCGGCGAGGCCGUGGACCUGCGUCUGCCCCGCGACCCGUAUCUUUGGCUUUGUGAGAGCCCAGACCGGACACCCAUCUCCUCCGGAAUGAAGGUCUUCCUACCCGUGCUACUGGCUGCCCUGCUGGGUGUGGAGCGAGCCUGCUCCCUGGUGUGCUUCUCGUGCACGAAUCAGAACAGUAACUUCUACUGCCUGAAGCCGACCGUGUGCUCGGACUCGGACAACUACUGCGUCACGGUGUCCGCCUCUGCCGGCCUCGGGAAACUGGUGGACUUCGGCCAUACCCUGAACAAGGGCUGCUCCCCGAUCUGCCCCAGCCCCAGCGUCAACCUCGGCGUGGCGUCCAUCGGCACCCACUGCUGCCAGAGCUUCCUGUGUAACAUCAGCACGGCUGGCCGGGGGCUGCGCGCCAGCGCCGGGCUGCUGGGCCUCGGGCUCCUGCUCAGCCUGCUGUCCGCCCUGCAGCGGCUCGGGCCCUGACUCGUCCGCCCAGCAGCCGGCCCGGACUCCCCCAGCUCAGGAAGGAAGGCCAGGCCCCUCCCAGACCCUCCCAGACCAUAGGGAAGCCUCUUCCUCCUACCCCUCGCCCCGCUCGAUCCCAGCCCCCGCUGCCCCCGCUGCCCUCGGUGCUCAGGGUCUGGCCUGCCCCUGGCGCCUCCCCCUCCCCUGAGAGGCGCCCACAGCGCUCACUCCCCAGGCGGCCAAGCGACCUUCCUCAGGGAACCUGGGAAGGGCUGAGGGCCGGAGGCCGAGGGUCCCGGAGUCAGGACUGAGACCUGGGGACACACUGGGAGGGGCACGUCUGUUCCCAGCUGGGUCGAGAGCUGUGCUUUGGCCGCUGCUUCCGAGAAGGCCUGUUGUCACCAUCCGAGGACGUUGUUGUCGCAGGGGACGGCCUAGCUCAGCGGCGCGGACGGGGCCUGGGUGCACCCUGGGCAUGCGUGCGAGUGUGAGGGCGAGUCAGAGUUGGGGGGGGACGGGGUCAGGAGUCCAACGUAGGCUGCGGAGCACCCCGACCUCAACAGCAAAGCUGCUUUUCUCUGGCCUUUCUGCAGCCCAUAUGCACUCACUUUAAGGCUGGCCUUUUGGAAGAUGGGGUUUCAGUGCUUCAGGGUUUAGGCCACUGGACCCAGGAAUCCCGCCCCCCACCACCGACCUCCAGCUGUGGCCCCACCCUCUCCCUCCACCCCCACAUUGGAUUCUGCCUGCUGCUUUGGUGCCUCAAAUAAACACAUGUUCUCCACC